GAUUAAUAGUACAGUACGGUAGUAGUUACGAGUCACCCCGUACUAGAGCGUCAUCAGAAGAACUGACUUCAUGCGUUGCCUUCUAAAAAAUAGCUUUUGGACCAAGAAAGGAACAGACCGAGGUCGGAACUUCCUCCGAGAUCAGAGUCAUGAAAAGGAGGAAAAAAUUGAUUCAUUGAGAGAAAAUGUGGACCGCAAGAACCAGUGCCCUUCUCCUUGAUGGUUUCCUGUUCUUCGUUGUCUCCGUUCAGAAAGCGUCGGGGUUUGUAGCAAUACCCCCAAAGCCCUUAAGAGGUGCUAGGCGAGGGAAGGCUUGCAUUGCAACCUUUUUGAGUGAACACAGUGUGACCACCGACGCAGUUGAUUCUCAGGGAGCUUCUGGGAAGUGCUGGGAAAGCGAAGCCAUUCGUUGGAUCGACGAUGUCCUGGACCAAAAGUCGAAACAGAGCCCCUUUGCGAUAGAAGAACCAGGCGACGACAACACUCCCAUCGUCCCAUUUGAGUGGGUAGUCGGUGGUCCCGAUGAUCGUGGCGACUCCCCUGGUUCGUCUCCUAUAAGAAACAAAAAAGUCGCCCUCAGGACCAUUGGCGCUACCCCUUUGCUCGAUGCCGAGUCCAUCGCUUCCAUACGGAACGCCGCCGAGAACCUCUGGGAUGGCCGUGGCAGCAGUGGUCCAACCUCGCGCUUCACGCUGCAGUUCGAGAACACCAAUUCGGAGUGCCACCUCGACGAGCUCGUGGAGUCCAACGCAGCACUGAAAGAAGUGGUCGACAACCUCCUGACCACGAAGGUCUAUCCMCUGGCACGCUCGGCCUUUGGUGACAGCGGCGGCGGCGGGCAGCGGCUCACGGAUGGACGUUUGUGCGUCUACGAUUCCCUCGUGGUCCGAUACGACGGCAACAAGGCCACCGAUCGAUUCGAGGCCUCGCAGCCCCUGCACCGAGACGGUGGCGUGGUCUCGGUCAACAUCGCACUCAAUUCGCACGACGUGGCCAAAGAGACGCGCCGUGCGGACCGGUUUACUGGCGGCGGAACGUUUUUCGAAGACCUGAUGGGCCGCGAACCAAACGAACACCAAAGCGAGAAUGAGAACGAGGCCUCCGGUGGCGAUGCCAGCCCCGUCCUUCGCCCUUUGGCUGCUGGCCACGCUCUGGCCCAUUGGUCGACAAAGCGACACGCCGGGGCACCCACGACGUCGGGAACGCGGGACAUAUUGGUGUUUUUCCUAACCCAGCGAAAGGCAACCGAGACGGCCGCUGCUGGGGCUGUCCCGAAAUCCGCCUUUUCCGGCAUCGAGCGGUCCUUCCACCUCAAGCUGAAGGCCCAAGAAAUACCGGGUGGACUCGCUCUGAGGUGCCUUGACCUGGCGAUGGAAGAGACCCCAUUUGAUGGCCAGGCACACUUUUUGAAAGGCUUUCACCUGAUGCGGGGGGGAACGACACCAAAGGAUGGUCGCGGGAAUACUACCGAAGACGAGGAGCAGCGGUGGCGAGAGCUCCAACAGAGCGUUUUCCAUCUGGUGCGAGCCGCGGAAUACGCGCCCUUCGACGCCCGAAUCCAGUGCCACCUCGGAAUGGCCUAUCGGCAGCGAUGGAUGUUUGCCAAGCGCACCAACAGGACAAGAGACAUCACCGGGUCGGAUUCGUCGGAGAACGGCGAACAACGGGAACUCUGCAAGGCAACGGAAUCCUUAAGGCGAGCAUUGUUUCUUCACGAUCGAUACCAGCGGCACGGAAUUGCCUCCGAUUUCGAUGACAAUGUCCUCGUCGCCAGGCUCACCCUCGGGGAGGUCUUGGCGCAACUCGAACGAUACAGCGACGCAAUCCAGUGCCUGUCCAAGAUUGAAAGCCACUCCCUCGAUGCCGACAAACCCAAGGACAAGGCUAUGGCGCAGCACAUUGCAGCGGUGGUGGCCCAUUGCAUAGAACAAGAAUGAGACAAAAACAAAGCCGAACUUUUAGUGACGCGACAACAUUCGGAAUGAUGGCAAGCAUCUCAACAUUCACACUUUGUGCAAUACUGUAAUAAAAUAUACCCUUAAUG